CAUAGCAUUCCACUCACAACAAUAAGAGAUAAGUGAGAGCUUUGCUCAAAAACCUUAAAAACAACCAUGAAGAACACCAAGCUUGUGGCGAUCCUUCUCCUCCAUGCCAUCCUGGUCAUGGGAAUCCUUGCACACGUGAAUGCCAACUACUUCCCCAAGUGUUGUGACAAAUGCAGGUCGUUCUCGGGGGUUGACAUAUGUGACGACGCCCAUCCUCAGUGCCCCAAGGGCUGCUCCACAUGCCGCGCGGUGCAGACGGGCCGUGUCAAGACGUUCCGAUGUGCCGACAUGCGCUCCACCAUCAACGGUACGUGCGGCCCACGCUGCAAGAAGAACUGACCGGUUCAAGCAAGAAUUAGGAGAUGUGUUUCGCCAAAAAUAAAGCUCAGAUGAGACGAGCAUUGUGACCGUUUUUGUGCGUAGAUGUGGCCCCACAUUGCACGCCGACAAUGCAUACACUAUUGUCAGUCGCCGUUGUUUCAUCAUCACCACUGUUCUUGGUUUUAGUUUCCUCUUCAAGAGUAGUCUAUUGUUGCUCACUUAUCAGGUGCCCGUUGUAUCCUUAGUGAAUAAACACAUAUGUUGAUUGUGUGCCUCCACUUAAAGCACAUUUGUUCAUGCCA